AUGAAAAUGCGCGCUCUCUUGUCCUGUUUAUUUAACGAUGACGGCCAAGAUUCAGUCGGCACAGGUGCUACUUUCGAUCCAGAUGAGCGAUGGUCUAAUGUUUACAGGGAAAGGGAAAAGAAUUCAAUUUAUAAAUGGGUUGGGAUUAGAACGGGUGGAGAAUUAAUUAGUGUUUAUGAGAAGGAAGGCGAAGAGGGGGUGCUUAGUUUUGCUCAAGAGAAAAUCGAAUCCAGUUUGUACAACGACGGCCAGUCCCCUCAAUUAAUAAAAUUUGCCGAUUAUGUAAGAUGGAAAAAAUCGGUAAAUAUAGAAUUUGGGAUAUCCGACGAGAAGGAAGACUUUAACGAAGCAAAAUCCGCCUUCCGAGAACACGAAGCACAAUGGCGUUUAAAUAAAAGAGGAGUAGAAGGAGAAACAUUAAUACAUUUAUUGUUAAAUAGAGAAGAGCCUGUAUGUCAAGAAAUUGCUAGAAUACUUGUAAAUAAAUAUCCGGGAUUAGCUAAGGAUAUUUAUUUGGGAGAGGAUAUGUUUGGUUUGUUUUUAGGGUUUGAAAAUACAAAUGGGGAUAAAGUGAAAAUACAAAAAUCAGAAUUAAUAAAAAAUACAAAAAAACACAAUUAAACAAGAAAAUACAAAAAUCAGAAUUAACAAAAAUCAGAAUUAUUUUUUAUUAAUACAGAAUGGGAAAAACACAAAACCAGAAUUUUUAUUGAAACAAAAACACAGAAUCAGAAUUAUUUUUUUUACAAAAUAGGAAAAUACAAAAUAGGAAAAUACAAAACCAGAAUUAUUUUAAAGUAUAAAAACACAAA